AUGGCCGAGGAGGAUAAGAAAACCGUUGAGGCCACGGAAGAGCCCAUCGAAGACGCAGAAGCACAGGAGGAAGAUAUGCCAUCCGGAGAUGAACCGUCGGAUUCGGAACCGGAAGAAGCAGCAGAACCAGCGGUCUCUCCAUUCGCUCGGUUGAAGUCGUUCCUGGAGGAAACCAACAAGUUCCUGGGAGGUUUCGAUGAUCUGGUGGAGGGUCGGGAUAAGCACAAAAGUAUCUACCUGUGUACGGUGAAUGAACUUCGCGAGCUGCUGGUAGCACUGCUCCACCGAUACAUCCUGCAUACGAUGGUACGCGAGGACUUUCUCUACAAGCACAUCAAAUGCUGUGGUGAGUCCGAAGAGCUUCUGAACACGGAGGAAUUCGAUGAACACUACCAAGAAGCGCACAAAGACGCAGACAAAGCGAUCACCCUACCAGAGCUUGCCGCCAUUCAGGAAUACACGCAAGCAGUCAAGGAGUACAUCGAACUGGGCAAGGCUAUGAACAACGAUCUGAUUUUCUCGCUGAAGCGACUACUGCGGAAGAGCAAUACGGUGCUCGCAGGUCAUCUCGGUUGACGCGGAGAGGACACACUGCACCCAGCUAGCUCGUAAGGCUUGUCGGACGCAAACACCCGAUACAGCGACAUGAAAUCAUACUCUAACCGUCUGGUGCUAACACUCUUCUUCGUGGGAAGGAUGUCGAUGUCAAUUUUAACUACUAACCCAAAUAAAGCCUGUGUUUAACCGUGAAGAAGUGAGGAAUAAAUGU